AUGCUCUACAACGCCCUCAUCCGCACCCAUCACAUAACCUCCCGCAAAAAGGUAGCCGCCCUCAAACGCGCCGCAGACACUCACCAAUGUGCCGUGCUCCUCCGGUCCGGCGGGUGUCCGGGCAUCAUGUAUGUAGAGGGCGCGGGAAAGGAUCGCGUGGAGAUGUGGGUGGAUGUUGUGAGGAGGCUGCGAUAUAAGGAUUUUCAGUUGGUUACGAGGCCUGGCGUUGUGGAGGUGGAAAAGGAACCGGGGGAGAAAUCGGGGAGUGGAAGGGAGGACAAUAAGAUGGACAGGGAUAAAGGUUCGAGCGUGGGACUUGGGAUUGCACUCGGUCUCAUUGAGGUUGAGAGUGUCAAGGAGUUUGGGAGUAUUAUGGCCAAGAGGGGAGUGUGGAAUUGGUGGAGGAGGGGAAUGGGAUAUGCGUGA